GCCAUGACGUCAUGGGCGCACGUGGCCCUCCCCGCGGCCCCGGUGCGGGCUCACGCCGCUGCCGUCGCCGGGUGCGCGGCUCCGGGCAGCGCCAUGAGGGUGCAGCUGGAGCGGUGCUGCCGGGAGUGGCGAGAGCUGGGCCAGGAGUUCCAGCAGCUGCAGGAAACACACAAAGUUUACAGACAGAAACUGGAAGAAGUCACUGGCUUGCAGACAGCCUGCAGCAGCUCCAUACACCGGCAGAAGAAGACACUAAGGGAUCUGAAGCACAGCCUGCAACGGUGCAAGGCCAGAGCGAGUCCUGAAGAGUUUGCUCUCAUUCAGGAGAUCAGCAGCCAGAUCAAGGAGAGGCAAAAUGCCUUCUUUGACAUGGAAGCCUACUUGCCAAAGAAGAAUGGCUUGUACUUAAAUCUGGUCCUGGGAAAUGUGAAUGUAACUCUCCUGAGUAACCAAGCAAAGUUUGCCUACAAAGAUGAGUAUGAGAAGUUCAAACUUUAUCUGACAAUAAUCUUGUUACUCGGGGCCGUCACCUGCAGGUUUAUUCUUCACUACAGGGUGACAGAUGAAGUGUUUAACUUUCUGCUAGUGUGGUAUUACUGCACGCUGACGAUACGGGAAAGCAUCCUCAUUAGCAAUGGAUCAAGGAUCAAAGGCUGGUGGGUCUCCCAUCACUAUGUUUCCACCUUCCUGUCUGGAGUAAUGUUGACAUGGCCAGAUGGACUCAUGUAUCAGAUGUUUCGCAGUCAAUUUUUAGCAUUUUCAAUAUUUCAGAGUUGUGUUCAGUUCUUACAGUAUUAUUACCAAAGGGGCUGCCUUUAUCGUCUCCGUGCUUUGGGGGAGCGAAACCACUUGGACCUCACAGUAGAAGGAUUUCAGUCCUGGAUGUGGCGGGGGCUGACGUUUCUCCUUCCCUUCUUGUUCUUUGGCCAUUUCUGGCAGCUGUAUAAUGCAAUCACACUUUUUGGAUUGUCGAGGCAUAAGGAGUGCAAAGAAUGGCAGGUUUCUGUGUUGGCUUUCACGUUUCUGCUGCUCUUCCUCGGGAACUUCCUCACUACCCUCAAAGUCGUGCACACUAAACUCCAGAAGAACAAAGACAAAAUGAAGAAGCUGUGACCCCCCUCCCUGGGUGCUGGCUGCCAUCCCACUGCCUGUGGCAGGCGCUGGGUUUGGGAUGGAUCCUACUAAACCCCAGCUACACGAUGGACAGGCUCAGAAGGACUCAUCGUCCCCAUGUUUGGUGAAGGAUGUGGACUCUGCCAGCACAGACUCAGUAUUACCGCAAGCAUGGCUCUCCAGUCUGCAGUCCUGCUAUUUAUGUCUAUUUAAUACAAACUAUGUUUGCUUUUGGGGUUUUAUUUCUGUAUAUAGAGCAGCAUGCACCUGCCCAGCGAAGUGCCAGCAUUGGGAGAAUGUGGGAUCUACUGUAAUUCCAGUUCUGGAAUGCUAUUUAACACUUUUUCCUGAUUUAUUAUUUAAAUUCUGGGUACUGGAUUUGCAAAGGCUUAUGAAUGCUCCAGGUUGGUCAGUAACACAGAUCAAAUGCUGUUUUAAAGGCAUUUGUUGAAGGUGUAUUCUCAGUGGCAAUACCAACCUGUGUGUACUGUGAAAAAGAAGCCCAUCUUUGUACCAUAUUGCUGCUAUAUAUACACUUUUCAGAAGCUAUUUAAAGAAGAGAAAUCCUCUUUUGGAAACAAAACCAAGCAAGCAGAAGCAGUUUUUAAUGGCAGGGAAGUCUGCUAGCCUUCUUCCAGGGAGACCAGGUCAGCUGGCCAGGCCUGGAACAGACCUAAAAUAAACCAUUCAAUAUA